UCUUCCCCCCCCCCCUCGCCCCUCGGAUUCCGCGCCCGCUCUCGCUCACGUGCGCGUCGCGACGCGCCCACUCGCCCGACACGGCCGCACCCUUCCACGCCCUUUUCCUCUCUCUCUCUCUCUCUCCCUCUCUCUCUCUCCUCGUCGUCGUUAGGGGGCCGUAAAAGUAAACACCUCGCCCUGUUCGCGUCCCCUCCGCGCACAACACGCAUCUCUCUGUCUCUCCAUUUCCCGAUUGAUCGAUCCAUCCAUAGAUCCCUGUCCGAGGGUUUUGUGGGAUUACUCUGUUGAUCUGGUUGUUUUGGGGUGGUAGGAGAUGGGCUACAUUGGGCACCACGGCGUGGCGACGCUGCACAAGUACAAGUACAGCGGAGUGGACCACUCGCUCCUGGCGAAGUACGUCUUGCAACCCUUCUGGAGCCGAUGCGUCACUCUGUUUCCCCUCUGGAUGCCACCAAACAUGAUUACACUUACAGGUUUUAUGUUUCUAGUCAUAUCAGCACUCCUUGGCUAUAUAUAUUCACCUCACCUAGAUACAGCACCCCCAAGAUGGGUCCACCUUGCUCAUGGAUUGCUUCUCUUCCUAUAUCAGACUUUUGAUGCUGUUGAUGGUAAACAAGCAAGGCGUACUAACUCAUCAAGUCCUUUAGGAGAACUUUUUGAUCAUGGAUGCGAUGCACUUGCAUGUGCUUUUGAAGCCUUGGCUUUUGGAAGCACGGCAAUGUGUGGAAGGACAACAUUUUGGUUCUGGGUGAUUGCGGCUAUUCCGUUUUAUUGUGCAACAUGGGAACACUUCUUCACGAACACACUUAUUCUUCCUGUAGUAAAUGGACCCACCGAAGGCCUCAUGCUGAUUUACGUUUGUCACUUUUUGACAUUUCUGACAGGAGCUGAAUGGUGGGCACAAGAUUUUCGGAAGUCUUUUCCCCUUCUAAGUUGGGUACCUUUCAUUCCUGAAGUUCCCGUAUAUGGCAUCGUGUUGUUUCUUAUGAUUAUGUUUGGUGUAAUCCCGACUAUUGGAUCCAACAUUAACAAUGUCCAUAAGGUUGUCCAAGCAAGAAAAGGAAGUAUGUUAUUAGCCAUAGCAAUGCUUUUUCCUUUUGGCGCACUUCUGGCCGGAGUUCUUGCCUGGUCAUAUCUAUCUCCUUCUGAUAUCAUGCACAACUACCCUCAUUUGCUCAUAAUUGGAACUGGAUUUGCAUUUGGAUUUUUAGUGGGGAGAAUGAUUCUGGCUCACUUGUGUGAUGAACCCAAGGGACUGAAAACUGGAAUGUGCAUGUCUCUAUUCUACCUUCCUUUUGCGAUUGCAAAUGCUCUAACCGCCAGGAUCAAUGAUGGAGCUCCUCUGGUUGAUGAGCAAUUGGUUCUUCUCUUGUUUUGCUUAUAUACAGUGGGGCUCUAUCUCCAUUUUGCGACUUCGGUCAUCCACGAAAUUACAACUGCUCUUGGAAUCUAUUGCUUCAGGAUAAUCAGGAAAGAGGCUUGAAACAACCCAUGUAUUUUGUACCGCUCUAAUUGAGUGAUUUCUCAUUCUUUGGUCAUGGUUACACGGAAACGAGAAGGAACAUCUAUUUAUUUCCUAUUAUUUUAACACCAUCAAAAAUGAUUAUUUACUUGGUGGGUGUGUAAUUUUUCUGGCAUUGAGAGUUGUAUGAAUUAUGAAAGCAAGGCAAAUUUUGAUUCGAUCAUUGGCGAUUGUUGACUUAUUUCUAGGUUUCAAUUAGGCAUCUUCGGGGCCAACAAUAUCUUGUAAGAGUCCUUACAUAUUUGAAUGUAAAAUUACGAUUCAACGGUCGGCGACUGUAUAGACCGGGUGAUUACUACAGGCAUUGUUCUUCCUUUCA